AUGUCAAGAUCUAGCUUUGGAGGCAUAAUGUCUCAUUCUGAGAAGUCAGAUGCACUGGUUUUCUUUGUGAAUGGAAGAAAGGUGGUUGAGAAGAAUGCAGACCCUGAAGUAGAUUUGUUGUUCUACUUGAGAAAAAGGCUCCGUCUGACAGGAACCAAAUAUGGCUGUGGAGGAGGAGGCUGUGGGGCCUGCACGGUGAUGAUAUCAAGAUACGAUUCCAGCAGCAAGAAGAUCCGACAUUUCUCUGUCACAGCCUGCCUCAUUCCCAUAUGUUCCCUCUAUGGGGCAGCAGUCACCACUGUGGAAGGGAUUGGAAGCACCAAAACCAGGAUUCACCCUGUUCAGGAAAGGAUUGCCAAAGGCCAUGGCACACAAUGUGGGUUCUGUACUCCAGGGAUGGUGAUGUCCAUAUAUACUCUCCUGAGGAAUCACCUGCAGCCAUCAACUGAACAGCUGAUUGAAACCUUGGGGGGUAACCUGUGUCGCUGUACUGGAUAUAGGCCAAUCAUAGAAAGUGGGAAAAGUUUCAGCACUGAGUCAUCAUGCUGUCAAAUGAAAGGAACUGGGACAUGUUGCCUAGAUCAAGAAGAAAAGAAAUCUGAGAAUAAAACUGAUGUCUGCAACAAACUGUAUCAAGAAGAAGAAUUUUUGCCCUUGGACCCAACCCAAGAACUUAUAUUUCCACCUGAACUGAUGAGAAUGGCAGAGGAGGCAGGAAAGAAAACACUAGUGUUCCGGGGUGAAAGGGUUGCCUGGAUUUCUCCUGCCACCUUGAAUGAACUUUUGGAGCUCAAAUUGCAAUAUCCCCAAGCUCCUCUUGUCAUGGGAAACACCUUUGUGGGACCCAACAUGAAAUUCAAAGGUGUCUAUCACCCAUUUAUCAUCUCUCCUGCUAGAAUUUUGGAACUGAAUGUUGUGAUGAUUGAUGCAAACAAAGGGUUGACUAUAGGUGCUGGCUGUAGCCUGGCCCAGGUGAAAGAAAUCUUAACUGAAACGGUUUUAAGGCUCCCAGCGGAGAAAACUCAAACCUACCGAGCUCUCUUGAAACAUUUGAAAACUAUAGCUGGUCAGCAGAUCAGGAACAUGGCUACCUUAGGAGGACACAUUAUAAGUCGGCUGGCAGUAUCUGAUCUCAAUCCUGUUUUGGGUGUAGGCAAUUGUGUACUCAACUUGGCAACAAAAGAAGGAACACAACAACUUCCUUUAAAUGAUCAUUUUCUUGCUGGGUCACCAGAUGCCAACCUUACAUCAGAACAAGUUUUAGUCUCUGUUUUUAUUCCUCUCUCUAAAAAGUGGGAGUUUGUGUCAGCUUUCCGACAGGCACAGCGUCAGCAGAAUGCUUUAGCAAUUGUGAAUUCUGGAAUGAGAGUUCAUUUUAAAGAUGGUACAAAUAUCAUUAUGGAUUUAAACAUUUUAUAUGGAGGAGUCAGCUCUGCUACUGUCAGUGCAAACAAAUCAUGUCAGCAGCUCAUAGGAAGGGCCUGGAAUGAGGAGAUGCUAGAUGAAGCCUGCAGGCUAGUCCUAGAUGAAGUGACUAUCCCAGGCUCAUCCUCUGGUGGAAUGGUAGAAUACAAAAGAACUCUCAUGAUCAGUUUCCUCUUCAAAUUCUACCUGGAAGUGUUGCAGGAAUUAAAUGUUAGGGACCCCAGAUAUCCUGAUGUCCCCAACAAAUUCCAAAGUGUCCUGGAAGACUUCCCCUUAACUGCACCCUGUGGGACACAGGCUUAUGAGUGUGUAGACUCCCAUCAGCCACCUCAAGAUCCAGUUGGCCGUCCAGUCAUGCACCAAUCAGGUAUUAAACAUGCCACUGGAGAAGCUAUAUUUUGUGAUGACAUGCCUGCUAUAGAUGAAGAGCUCUUCCUAGCUGUAGUAACCAGUACAAGACCUCAUGCAAAAAUCAUCUCAAUUGAUGCAUCAGAGGCUCUUGCCUUGCCUGGAGUAGUUGAUGUGAUAACAGCUCAAGAUGUUCCAGGUGAAAAUGGAAAUGAAGAAGAGAGGAUAUAUGCCCAGAAUGAGGUAAUUUGUGUUGGACAGAUUGUCUGUACUGUGGCGGCCGAUUCAUACUUUCAUGCCAAACAGGCAGCUAAAAAGGUGAACAUUGUAUACGAAGACAUGGAGCCAGUGAUUGUGACAAUUAAGGAUGCAGUAAAUCACAAAUCAUUCAUUGGAUCAGAAAGAAAAUUAGAGCAAGGAAACAUUAAGGAGGCAUUUCAAACUGUUGAUCAAAUCAUUGAAGGUGAGGUACAUGUGGGAGGACAGGAACAUUUUUAUAUGGAAACACAGAGUGUACUUGUGAUUCCAAAGACGGAGGAUAAAGAGAUGGAGAUAUAUGUAUCAAGUCAAGAUGCUGCAUUUGUGCAGGAAAAAGUGGCCUCCACUUUGGGUAUUCCCAAAAAUAGAAUCAUGUGCCACAUGAGACGGGCCGGUGGAGGUUUUGGAGGCAAAAUGACCAAGCCUGGUCUACUGGGAGCUGUGGCUGCUGUAGCAGCAAAUAAGACUGGCUGCCCAAUUCGUUUUAUUUUGGAGCGUGGAGAUGAUAUGCUGAUUACUGGAGGACGACACCCACUGCUUGGGAAAUAUAAAAUAGGCUUUAUGAAUAAUGGCAAAAUCAAGGCAGCAGAUAUCAAAUAUUAUAUUAAUGGUGGAUGUACACCAGAUGAAUCAGAAAUGGUAAUAGAGUAUGCUUUACUCAAAUUGGAAAAUGCUUAUAAAAUUCCUAACCUCCGAAUUCAAGGCCAGGCUUGCAAAACCAACUUGCCAUCCAAUACAGCCUUUAGAGGCUUUGGUUUUCCUCAGGGAACCUUUGUGACAGAGUACUGGAUAACAGCUGUGGCAGCUAAAUGUAAUUUACCACCAGAGAAGGUUAGGGAACUUAACAUGUACAAAACUGUUGAUAGAACAAUCCACAAACAGCAAUUUGAUCCAAAGAACCUGAUAAGAUGUUGGGAUGAAUGUAUGGAAAAAUCUUCAUACUAUAGCAGAAAAAAGGCCACAGAAUUAUUCAAUCAUCAGAAUUCCUGGAAGAAGAGAGGGAUCGCCAUUAUUCCUAUGAAAUUCUCUGUAGGAUAUCCAAAGACAUAUUAUCAUCAGGCUGCUUCCUUGGUUCACAUUUAUACAGAUGGAUCUGUAUUGAUUACACAUGGAGGAACUGAAUUGGGACAAGGUCUUAACACCAAAAUGAUACAGGUGGCCAGUCAUGAACUAAAGAUUCCAAUGUCAGAUGUGUACCUGAGUGAAAUGAAUACUGUAACGGUGCCAAAUACAGUUGCCACUGCGGGAUCAGUUGGAGCUGAUGUCAAUGGGAAAGCAGUUCAGACUGCAUGUCAGACACUAAUGAAACGCCUUGAACCCAUCAUCAACAAGAAUCCCAAUGGCACUUGGAAAGAAUGGGCUAAUGAAGCCUUUGCCCAAAGCAUUAGUCUCUCAGCCACUGGAUAUUUUAGGGGCUACAAAGCAGAUAUGGACUGGGUGAAAGGAGAAGGUGAUGUUUUUCCAUACUUUGUUUAUGGAGCUGCCUGUUCUGAGGUUGAAAUUGACUGCUUAACAGGAGCACAUAAGAACAUCAGAACUGACAUUGUCAUGGAUGCCUGUUUCAGCAUUAAUCCAGCUAUAGAUAUAGGACAGAUUGAAGGUGCAUUUACACAAGGGGUUGGACUUUAUACUUUGGAAGAACUGAAAUAUUCUCCUGAAGGAGUUCUGCAUACCCGAAGCCCAAAUGAAUAUAAAAUUCCUUCAAUCACUGACAUUCCAGAAGAGCUUAAUGUUUCCUUAUUAACUUCAACAAGGAACCCAAUUGCAAUCUACUCAUCUAAGGGCCUAGGUGAGUCAGGAAUGUUCCUUGGAUCAUCUGUGUUCUUUGCUCUACUUGAUGCUGUGACUGCAGCACGAAAGGAGAGAGGCCUGACUGAGACUUUUAUAAUGAACAGCCCUGCAACCCCUGAGCUGAUUCGAAUGACCUGUAUGGAUAAAUUUACUAACCUGAUUCCACGAGAUGAUCCUAAAUCCUAUAAGCCUUGGUCCAUACCUGUAGCCUAAUGUUUGAGUUCCAGAACAUAAUGUAACUAUCUGAUGAAUUUAAAGAUUUCCAUUAACCAAAAUAAAUGUUUGUUUUUAAAUCCAUAGAAAAGGAUAUGUAAUUCUUGAAUAUAAUUUCCAGAUACCUUAGAAUCUCAAAACAUGUAAGCAAUUGAAUUUGUUUACUAUUAAGGUUUUAAAUUUAAAAAUGAUAUU